AUGUCUGAAGCACGCAAGAUUGUCGUUCUGCCAGCCGUCGAAGAUGAACCGAUCGAUGACAUAGUUUACCGUUACUCCAACCUUCGUUCACUGCUUCGAAUCGGUGUACUCAUUCGACGAUUUGCUGAGAAUUGCCAUCGUCACAAGAAUCGCCUUGAGCCUCUCGUUGGCCCUCUCACCGCAGUUGAAAUCGACCAAACUCUGCUCGCCUUAGUUCGCCGAACCCAAAUGCAGCACUUCGCUAAAGACAUUCAUCAGCUUUCCACCACUGCUCAAGUGGAUCGUAAAUCCAGACUACGAUAUCUUCAUCCGCAACUCGUGGACGACCUAAUCCGUGUAGGCGGCCGGCUACACAACGCCCAGAUUCCUAUCGAAGAAAAACACCCCAUCGUUCUCCCCGCGAAGUGCCACCUGACCGAAAUGAUUGCGUCAAAAGAACAUCAGAAGACCCUCCAUGCUGGCCCCGGGUUACUGCUGUCGUCCCUCCGUCAACGAUUCUGGCCUCUAGGUGGUCGAAACUUGGUUCGACAGAUCGUACACCGCUGUAUUACGUGUGUUCGAGCUAAACCAAAACCUUUAGAACAGCUAAUGGGGCAACUCCCUCCAGUGAGGGUCAACCAGGCGCACCCGUUUCAGAAUGUUGGUAUAGACCUUGCCGGUCCUAUCUACGUACGCACAUCUCUUAGAAACAAGAGGAAUCCGUUUUUUAAGGCAUAUAUCGUGGUUUAUGUAUGCCUGGCAACAAAAGCAGCUCAUUUGGAGCUGGUCUCUGACCUCACCAGCGAAGCAUUUAUCGCCAGCCUUCGUCGAUUCACCGGGCGCAGAGGGAAACCUGCGCACAUAUACUGCGAUAACGCCACAAACUUCGUGGGUGCCAAGCGUGAGCUCGAUGAGCUGAGGAAGCUGUUCUUGUCCCAGCAGCAUAAACAAAGGGUGACGCAGGAAGUUACAGAAGAUGGCAUCCAGUUCAUCCCUCCACGGUCACCUUCAUUCGGUGGAAUUUGGGAAGCCUGCGUCAAAUCCGUGAAGAACUUGCUUCGUAAAAUCAUGGGCAAUGCCCAUCUCACGGAGUGCGAACUUCAAACUGCACUUAUACAGGUGGAGGCGAUGCUCAAUUCACGCCCGAUCACUCCUCUACCGAACGAUCCAAACGAAGAACUCGCUCUGACCCCAGGACACUUCCUAGUCGGCAGACCGCUGAAUAUGAUGCCUGAUCCAGAUAAGCAACAGGUUCCAGAGUCCAGUUUGUCCCGAUGGAAACGAGUACAGAAGCUUUCCCUACAUUUUUGGUCCCGGUGGCACCAAGAUUACCUGGCAACACUGCAAAACCUAUACCGCUGGAAUCGAGCUCUUGACAAACUCGCCGUAGGAUCUAUCGUUGUCCUAAAGGAGGAGAACAUUACUCCUCAAAAGUGGCCACUCGGACGCGUAAUCAGCAUUCACCCUGGCUCUGAUGGGCGAGUGCGGGUCGCCACUGUUAGAACGAGUACCGGUACAACGAAACGCGCGAUCAACAAGCUCUGCGUCGAAUUCAACCCCAAUCAUCCCAGAAACCAAGAAGUCUACAGCUGGAAGCCCAUCCUCAGCAGUUAG